GGAACGGGGGUGGAAGGGGGCGUUCGAUUUUGGUGGUCACGAAGGAGGAACGAGGAAACUGCGUCGUUCCUCAAAGCGGUGCGACAGAGCCAACUCGCUCGCUGUCUGCAAGGUUCACGCGCGCGUGGUGGUGGUGGUGAACUAUUGGGGUUGUUCGAUAGGCUAGACGACAGAGUGAGGGAGAGAUCGAUUUGAUCGCAAGGGGUUACAGAGGUGGGAAACAGACGCUCGGAGAUAGCGCAGCGAUUGAGAAGAAUAAAUACCAUGCGCACGGUUGGCCACGUACGGUGCGAAAGAAGUUCAACGGGCACACUGGCGUAGUACAGAGAGAAACGGGGGGGUAAUAAUAGAGAGAGAUAGAGCGACGCAGAUAGGAGGGCACCUUUUGUUGUCGACUCAAACUUAAUAAGAACACAGAGAGAAAAAAACACGAAAUGAUGAACUUAGCAAAGUGCCGACAACACCGAGCAUCUUCUUGUUUCCUCUAAUCGUUAAAAAAAGAGAGACAGAGAGAGAGAGAGAGACAGAGAUCCGCGGGGAGAGACAGGAAACGGGGGUAGUGGGGGGUCUGAACGAAGCGGCAAAGUGAAAGAGGCAAUUGUAAAGCAAGAGACAGAAGAACAUCAAGGAACAGACACGGGGAGAGCCACAGAGAGAGAGAGAGCGAGAGACAGGGGACAGGAUAGAUAGAGAGAGACACACGGAAAGCGAGAGAGAAAAACAAAAACAAAAAUUUAAAAGAUAGAAAAGCGACAGAGAGAGAGAGACAGGAUUGGAGAGAGACGUAGGGCACACGGUUCCGAGCAAGCGAGACUUGCAGAGAGACACAGGAGCAGAAGAACCCAGAGAGACAGAGGCCGAGAGAGAGAGAGAGACACGGUCCGGUCGGAAGCAAUGGAAGGAACUGUCCCGUGCGAUUACUGCCUUGGAGGAUCUACAGCUGCCGUGAAAACUUGCCUCACCUGCUUGACGUCGUUUUGCGAGGAGCACCUGAGACCACACAAGGAGUUAGCUCUGCUCCGCGCGCACCAGCUGAUAGAGGCGACGCGCAACGUGGCGGAGAAGCUGUGCCCGGCUCACUCUCGAGUCCUCGACUUCUUCUGCGAGCGCGAGCAGCGGCCCCUGUGUCACGAGUGCUCCCUGAGCACCGAGCACCGGAUGCACCGGCACACGGCGCUGGAGGAGGCGUGCAGGGCCAAGCGGGUGCUCGUGGAGGCAAGGGUGAGACUGGUGGACAAUACGUCUGGUCUCCUGCAGCAGGAGACAGCCACGCUGAGCGAGGACCACACAAACAUUGUGAACCUCUCGGAGCGUUGCUCAUCUCAGCUGUCGAGGGCGUUUGAGGAGGCUCGGGCGAAGCUGUCUCGGCGAGAGGAGGAGGUGAUGGAGGAGCUACGGAACGAGGCGCAGCGAGCGCUCUCCCCCAUCGAGGUGUCCAUGGAGGAGCACGUGUCGGGCAUUGCGCGCCUCUCCAGCGUCAAGGACAGCCUCCAGGCCCUGCUCGCCUCGGAGGUGGACCCAGUCUCGUUCCUCAAGAUGCUGAAAGAUCAAGAUUUGAAUGAGAACCUGCAGACCGGCAGUGCUUUCAGGAGGAGUGAAAACAUUGACAACGCCUUGAGGCGGAUUGUGGAAAGGGCACUUGCAUCGCUGAACUCAGUGGCAGAAGACAGGACCAUUUCGACUCCACCCUCAUCGACCAGCGACGUUACUCCUGCACUGAUCCCGAUGGUCCCCCAGACAUCUCUCACCGUGCAGGACCUCGUCAAAAUAGGAGCCUUCACCGACAUCCACAGAGGACUGUACGAAAACCGCCAAGUGGCCAUCAAGAUUCGCAAAGACGGUAUCACCAACGAGCAGCUGCUUGAGGAGGGGCGAAUGAUGGGCGCCUUGCGGCACGACCGGCUGCUUGCCCUGCUUGCCAUGGUCUCCGAGUCUCCUGCCACCCUCAUCAUGGAGUUCAUGAGCAACGGAAAUCUUCUGGCCUUCCUCGAGAAGAAAUCUUCCUCCAACCGUGACCGUUACUACCUCAAAAUGGCUGCCGAGGUGGCCGAGGGGAUGCGCUUCCUGGAGGAAGAGGGCUGCGUGCACCUUGAUCUUCGUGCGGCCAACAUUCUUCUCGACGACGGCUUCGGCUGCAAGAUCGCGGGAUUCCAGCUCGUCCGCAAGCUCGCGGGCGAGGUGUAUCAAAUCAGUGAAGGAGAUAUGCUGCCCGCACGCUGGUGUGCCGUCGAGGCGUUCACUACCAAAGUCUGGACGUCCAAGUGUGACUCCUGGUCUUUCGGGGUGCUGCUCUUCGAGAUUUACACGGACGGCACCCUCCCUUACAAAGGGAAGACGCACAGGGAGGUGGUUGAGCUGCUGAAGCAGGGAAUCCGCCUACCCCGUCCAAGCGUCUGCCCUGAUGCCGUGCACCGCGUCAUGUCCUCCUGCUGGCAUGAGGACCCACUGACGCGUCCCAACUUUGGCGAGAUGUACACCUCCCUGAGCUCACUCAUCCGAGCCUAAGCUCCACUUUCGGGUUGACACCCUUUUCACUGUAAUCCAAGCCUGGUACAGAGGAUGUCGUGUGUUUAAUCCCGACCCUGAUGGCCGUAUAUUUGAAGUUUGCAUGUUCUCUCUCGCUCCCCGCACUCGCGUUAAUUUUUC